AUGGAUGGCCCUCCACCCCCUCCCCCGCCGCACGGCGAGAAUCCUCACACCACCGACGGCGAAUACCGGAAAUCGUCCGAUCUACCGCCCGGAAACUACGACAUAUUCAUCGUCCCGCCGCACUCAUCCGGCGGCGGCUUCUUAUACCUCCCCUCGCUACAAUGCCACCGCAACAGUUUCCUCGCCGGCGCUGCAAGCACACUUCUUGUGGUCAUACUAUGGUCUCUAGUCGCUCCCACCGUCAGAACAUGGUAUAUGGCUUCGGUCUCCAACGGCCCGGGAGGAAUGGGAAUGAUGGUGGUCGCACUUGGUUUAGGCGUUGCUGGUUGGGCCUUCGGAAUGUCUCAAUCUAAUUCCCGGGGAAAUGGUGACAAUAAUGACAAUGGCAAUGGUGGUGGUGGUGGCCGAUUCGGCGGCGGCUACUCUGGCGGUGCUGGACGCAAUGCCAAUGACCAGUCCUCCAGUUCCAACCGCAACAGCGGCUCAAAUUUCGGCGGUAAUGGGUCAGGACAUCGACAACAACGAAGCGGAAACUUUGGCGGGGGUCAGAAUUAUGGCAACCAGUAUGCUGGCAAUCAACACGGCGCCGAGGCUCCCCCAAACGCGGAAGAUAAGGAGAAGGAGAAAGAAAGGGAGCGAGAGAGAGAACGAGAAAGAGAAAAGGAAAAGGAGCGCCAAAAGGAGAAGGAGAAGGAAGAUCGAAAGAAGGCCGAACUGGAGCGCGAACGUGAAGAAGCCAAGCGCAAAGAGGACCUUCGUCGAAAGAUGGAGGAAUUCAAACGCAAGCGUGACGCCGAAGCCAAGGAGAAGGAGAGAAAGAGAGAACGCGAGGCCAUGGAGAAAGAACUUAAGGAGCGCCGAGAGCAAUUGGAACGUGAAAUGGCUGCGGCGAGGGACAAAGCAGAGAAAGAGGCACGCGAGCGACUGGAGAGAGAAGCCGCCGAGGCCCGCGCAAAGCAAGCAAAAGCAGCCGCUGACGCAAAAGCCGAAGCUGACAGGCUCGCAAAGGAAGCCAAAGAGAAAGCCGACAAACUGGCCGCCGAGGCAAAGGAGAAGGCUGCCAAGGAGGCUGCUGAGAAGGAAGCAGCAGCCAAGGAGAAGGCCCAGAAGGAGGCCAUGGCCAAAUUCGCUGCUCUCAAAGAAGCGGCCGCUAAGCGCUACGCAGAGAAGAAGGCCCAGGAAGCCAAAAGCAAGGCCCAACAGCCUGCGGCUCCUGCCAGCGCGACUAGCGCACCCAGGACACCUUCUCCAAAGAAGCAGCCACCCUUUCCAACCGCCAACACAACCAUCGAAGACGAUGCGUAUUCCUUUUCGGCCCUACGAUCGUCCACGGCGCCCUCAACAGCUCGCACGACACCUCCACCUUCGCAUCGCAGCACAUAUUCCACCAAGGAUCCUGAUAAGAUCGUGAUCCAGGGUGUCUAUCAGUUUAACAAUGCCUUCAUGAAGACUCCGGUUGCGCAAUUGGUCUCUGGACAAGGCAUGGUGACCGAUGGUCUUGUCCUACGCAUGACAACAGAAGGUCUUUUCGUCGAUGACGAUGUUCGUGGCGUCGGCCAACGCGAAUGGGACGUCAAAGCAUGGACUUUGAAGUUGGCUGAAAUCUGGUGUCCCCAGCCCGGUUCCAGCAACCCAUUCUCUUUCCGUCGCGGCGCAUCAGCAAACUCGAUGCCCACCAACGAAGAAUCCGACGCCUUUGCCGCCAACCUUCUCAAGGUUUGCAAAAACACCUGCCGAUUGGCAUCGCCAAGUGCCUGCUUCGCCCGGGGCUCUAACGCAAGUGGCGGUGGACCAGUCCAGCCGCCACAGGCCGAGUUCCGGGGCCUCCACAUUCUCCGCGCUAGUAUUCGCGAUCAAGAGGGCAAGAAAUAUGUUUUUGUCCUGCAGGACACUGAAGCGUGGAAGCUUGCCAUGGGUCUCCAGCGCCUGCGCGGUGGAGCCCUCGUUCGUGCCUUGGGCGUCUCGGCACUUCCAGUCCCCGAAUGCAAGAGCAUCCUCGGCGGACUGGGCUAUAUUUAA